ACUUUUAUAUCAUUCCCAGUUCUACUGUAGACGUGUGAAAAUGCAGAAAAUUCACAUUUUGUUAAUUUCGUUUAUCGUCUUAUUAAGUGGUUUAGCAUUGGCUGAACGUUUUGAUAACUAUCACGUGUAUAGUUUGGAGCUUCAAUCAUUGAGGCAUGUUGAAUUAAUAAGAGAUUUUGAAGAUAAAUUAAGUGGUGGUGUCGAAGUUCUAUCUCCGUUGAUGCGGAAGAUCCCACAGGAAGUUAACGUUCUCAUCUCUCCCAAUCAAAUUGUGGACUUUAAGGCCAUUUUGAGGGCUCAAAAAAUCCCUUUUCGCCUUAUUGAGGAAAACUUCCAAGAUGUAAUUGACGAGGAUGCUAGGCUGAAUAACCUGAGAGCCGAUACAGGUGAUUACAGCUGGGAAAGGUACUACAGGCUUGAAAAUAUUCACAACUGGAUGAGGAGUCUUGAGGCUAAGCAUCCUGGUGUAGUGAAUACAAUUGUUGGAGGUGAAAGUUAUGAAAAGCGAAAGAUUUUGGGUGUAAGGAUCGCCCACAACGAAAAGAAUCCGGCAAUUUUUGUUGAAGGAGGAAUUCAUGCACGUGAAUGGAUAUCUCCAGCUACAUCCACCUUCAUAGCCAAUGAGCUGCUAACAAGUGAAGAUCCAGAAACAAAGAGACUAGCUCAAUCUUACACGUGGUACAUCUUCCCCAGCGUCAAUCCGGACGGUUAUGAAUUUUCAGCGACUGCUAAUAGAAUGUGGCGAAAGACUCGUCAACCCUAUGGAUUCUGCUACGGUGCUGACCCGAAUCGCAAUUGGGAUCAUCAUUGGAUGGAAGAGGGUUCGAGUUCCUUCUCCUGCUCUCAAGUCUACGCCGGAAGUGCGCCAUUCUCGGAAAUUGAAACUCGUACCCUGUCACAAUACAUAUCAAGUGUAAAGAAUCUCCGGCUCUACGUUUCCCUACAUUCAUACAGCCAAUUGCUGUUGUAUCCCUAUGGAACUUCGGAGAAGGUUACAAAGCCUCAGGACUACGAUAGGAUAUCCAAUGCAACAGUACGAGCUAUUUCAAAGCGCUACGGGACAACGUAUGAAUAUGGCAACAUUGAAGAGGCCAUCUAUCCAGCCUCUGGGGGGUCAAUUGAUUGGGUUCAUGGGGUUAAUAAAGUCCCACUGGCUUUUACAUUCGAACUCAGACCUGAUCGGAAUUCACGAAAUGGUUUUAUGCUCCCAGCUGAUCAGAUUAUUCCUACAGGGGAAGAAACAAUGGACGGACUAACAGCUAUGGUUCAAGAAGCUGAAGCUUUAGGCUAUAUGAGGGAAGAAGAAAACUCUUUGUAAAUUAUUUAUGAUUGUUAAAGCAUAUUGGUAAUAAAAUGUUUUAUUUGUUACGGUCGAUAAGCUUAAUUUUUCGUUCUUAUAAAAGAUUUUUUCGACUUUAAUGGAACUAGUAGAGCUUCAAUCUUUCACUGCAAAAGUCUACGUAAAAAUAUGAAUUUAGUGGUCAUAGUUCUUCUUCUAUCCUUCUCUGUACUUGUGGGAGUUCAAGCUAAAAGAUACAACAACUAUCGAGUUUACAGAAUGUCUGUUAAUUCAUCGGAUGAGCUUGAUGUUUUCCAAUCUCUUGAGAAUAAUUGUCGAAUGGGAAUUAUUGUUGAAAGACAUCCUGUCAGAGGAAAAGCCCAAGUCAUUGUAUCUCCCAAUAAAACUUUAAGCUUUGAAGCUCUAAUGAGGGAGAAAAAUAUAAAAAUUAAAAUGAUGGAAAGUAACAUCCAACGGCUGUUUGAUGAGGAAUUAAAAGUUUUAAAUGAUUGGACCCCGGACAAGUCUCGGCCAAUGAAUUUUAAAAUCUAUCAUACUCUAACCGAUAUCUACGAAUGGCUGUAUGAUUUAAGCAGAAAGUAUCAGAAGCACGUAAAGCUGUUAAGAAUAGGAAAAUCCUAUGAGAAUCGUGAGAUACUCGGAAUAGAAAUUUCCCACAAUCGCCGAAAUCCAACAGCCUUCAUAGAAGGUGGCAUACAUGCACGUGAAUGGAUUUCUCCAGCAACAAUUCUCUACUUAAUAAAUGAACUUUUAACAAGCAAAGAAGAGGAAAUAGUGAAGCUAGCAAGGAACAUUAACUGGUACAUUGUUCCAGUUGUAAAUCCGGAUGGAUACGUUUAUACGCACACCCAUGAUCGUCUUUGGCGUAAAACCAGAAGACCUUAUGGGAUGAGCUAUGGGGUUGAUGCAAAUCGCAAUUUUGGCUUUCACUGGAUGGAAAAAGGCUCUAGUCUAAGGCCUUGUUCUGAAAUAUUUGCAGGGCCAAGACCUUUUUCAGAACCAGAAACUUGGGCUCUUGCUACAUUUCUCAAAAAUAUCCCAAAGCUUAAGCUUUACAUCUCAUUCCACUCUUUCGGUCAACUCUUUAUGUAUCCUUAUGGAUAUUCUCCUAGACCAGUGAAAAAUUUUCGUGAUGUAGAUCAGAUAGCAUUUGCUACAGCUACUGCCCUAUCUAGGCGAUAUGGGACACAUUAUAAAUAUGGAAAUAUCUACAAUACUAUUUAUCCGGCAAGUGGGUCAUCCGUAGACUGGGUUUCAGGAGUACGUCGUGUCCCUCUGGCUUAUGCGUAUGAACUACGACCUGCUCGAAAUACAAUUCUUGGCGUCAUAUUGGAUCCUAAGUUUAUUGAGCCGACCUCCUUUGAAGUAAUUGAUUCACUAAUAGCUAUGGUAGAUGAGGCUGAAAAGCUUGGUUAUUUUUGUUUCAGACGCAAUUUAUUCUGAUCUAAUUAAGAUCAAACUUUCUUUUUUUUCUUGUACUUUAAUAAAUUUUAUGAAAAGAAAUUCGUUUUGUCCUUUAUUCGAUUAUCUAUGAACGGUUCUACGAUGUAGUUAAAAGUUCUAAUUUGGUUUUGUUUCCACAACGAAAGAACUGAAGAAGAAAGUUAUAGUCAUUUGGAGAGAUUUCAAAAGUCUUUUAAAUUAAAAGACUUAUCAGAAGUCUAAUACAUUGCAUUUAAAAUGCCUCUGAUUUAUUUAGUUGUUCUGUUUUAGCUUUCUUAUCAGAAACCUUACAAAUUGUUGAAGAACUAAGUUAGAAACAAUCUAAAGAGUAGCUAAGAUAAGGAGAAAUUGAUGACACAGAAGAUGAAGUCAUUCAUUUAAGGGUUAAAGAUUAAGUAGUAAAACUCAUUAGCUCCAAAUGAUUCAUACUUCUAGAAUUAAAUUUUUUUUUAAAAAGAUUUAAGAUUUUCACCGUUUUAAUGAAAAUUUAAGUCAAAAUUUGAAUAAAAAA